AUGGAUGAAACGGGCGGAAUCGGCAAAGAUGGCCAGAUCCCAUGGCAUUCGCGAAAGGACUUCCAGUUUUUCGUCGAGAACACAACGAGGACGUCUAACCCUGAGGAAUGCGGUGAUAAUGGGCCGCAAAUGCUGGGAAUCUAUACCGUCACGAUUUCGCCCAUUAAAGGUAUCGUCAUAUCAGUCCUCAGCCGAACUAUGGAACCAGUCGAUGAUGGUGAACUGAUAGUCUCCGGAGAUCUCGAAGAGGUCCUGAGCAAGCUAACCGAGAUGCAGCAAAGAAAUGAGAUCGAGACUAUUUGGAACAUCGGCGGACGCGAUUUAUAUGGAUGGGCAUUGGAGAAUGGAAUUGCUGAGCGGCUUGUGGUUACCCAUAUUUCUGGAUGCUUUGACGCGAACAUCAAAAUGCCGCCGAUCGCCUGGGACGACUACGAAGAAGAUUGCAGCCUGAGAAGCGACGAACAGACGGACGGCCCUUUGAAGUUCGUUUGGCGCGUGUACAACCACAAA